AUUAGAAGAGCAAAGAACUGAAGAAGCGAAACCGAUAUUCCUGAAGCUCAUCAUCGGAACAGAGAGAAGGGAGAUGGGGAUUUGGGGCCUAAUCGCUGACUCUUUCGUCGUUCUCCCCGCCGGCGGGGGGUUCCGAUCACCUCCGUCCGACUCCAAGCUUCUCCUCUCUUCCUCCUCCCUCUUCCCCCUCGAAUCGCGGUCCUCUCUCCUCUCCAACAAGAGUUGCUCUAUGUUUGGAUUCGCAAGGUCUGGAGUUCGAUUCGAGAGUUUCCAGCCGAGGAGUGUGAGGGUUAAGGCAAUGGAGGGCUCUGGGGAGAGCCAGACACCCGUUGCUCCACUUCAGUUUGAGUCUCCAACUGGGCAGUUUCUUUCUCAGAUAAUGGUAACUCAUCCUCACUUGCUUCCUGCUGCCAUUGAUCAACAGCUCGAGAGGCUUCAAACUGAUAGCGAGGCUCAGAAGCGUGGGUCUGCGCCCUCUCCUCAAGAUCUUCUCUACAGGAGAAUUGCAGAGGUUAAAGACAAGGAUAGACAGAGGACUUUGGAGGAGAUCAUUUAUUGCUUAAUCGUACAGAAGUUCAUGGAUAAGGACAUCUCAAUGAUACCUCCUAUAUCACCGACCCUGGAUCCUGCUGUUCAGGUGGACUCAUGGCCGAACCAAGAGAAGAAGCUGGAAGCUGUUCACUCCCCUGAUGCGCUGGAGAUGAUAGAGAGCCAUCUAAGUCUUAUUCUCGGCGAGAGGGUGGUCGGUCCCUUGAACACCAUAGUCCAAAUCAGCAAACUUAAACUCGGAAAGCUUUAUGCAGCCUCAAUUAUGUAUGGCUACUUUCUUAAGAGAGUCGACGAGAGAUAUCAGCUUGAGAGAACAAUGAAUACUCUCCCGACAGGAGGCAAGGGACAGAGAAUACUUGGUGAUCUGAAGCCGAACCCACUCUGGGACAUGGAAUCCUUGGUUCAGAUGUCACCCGACGAAGGGAGCAUUGAAGCCGUUGAUCCACUGAAUCUUGAAGAAGGCAAGUCGUAUAGAUUGAGAUCCUAUGUGAUGUAUUUGGAUGCGGAGACAUUGCAGAUGUAUGCAACCAUAAGGUCUAAAGAAGCCAUCUCAUUGAUCGAAAAGCAGACGCAGGCCUUGUUUGGCAGGCCAGACGUAAAGAUCCUGGACGACGGUUCCGUUGACGCAUCAAAGGAUGAAGUGAUAGCAAUAACAUUUUCUGGAUUAACGAUGCUGGUUCUUGAAGCAGUCGCCUUUGGAUCCUUUUUAUGGGUUGCCGAGAGCUACGUCGAAUCCAAGUAUCACUUCUUUCCUAACUAAAAAGCCCAAUUUUGUGUUCCGAAACUCUGUAUAUAUGUUCUUCUACAUGAGCCAUAGAAAACAAGACAAGCUAAACAACAAGACACAGAGAGAGAGAGAGGAUAUAUCAGUUAUUCCUUCUCAUGCUUAAUUUUGUCUAUACUUUUUCAUGUAUCUCAAAUCCUAUAUGCAUUAGUUUUCAUACUUAUCAAUUUCAAAUCAAUGGCAUUGUGGAA